GAGGAAGAAAAAGCUCUCCAACCCUCCUCCAUUGCUGCAACUCGAGCUCAACCAAGAAGGGUCCAAGGAGUGGGAUUAAAGAAGGAAAAAGGCUAGGAAAAGUGUGUAAAAUUAAGGAACUUGUAAAGGGUGUUUCAAGUGAUUUCACAAAGUUGGAAAAGUCGCCGGAAUUGUCGCCGGAGUUGACCAAAAGUCGCCGGAGUUUCACCGGAGUUCAACCAAGAAGGGUAGAACUUCAUACGCUAGUUCAAGGUUGAAGCUAGGGCUUGCUACCUGCACCUUUUUACGGGUGACAUCAAAUCAAGGAAGACGUGAAAUGGAGGGCAGGCGAAUGCGGACCAGGAACAACCCGAGGGGGCAGGCGCCGGUAACAUCCCAAAGGGGAAGCCGGGCUGCAUCUCGGGGUUCAAGAGGAGGCCGUGGAGGCCGUGGAAGCCGUGGAGGUCAUCAAGCUCAAACUGUGAGUGAUGGCCAUGUAAGCUCGGUGUAUGAAACCAACACCGAGGACUAUGACUCAACCUACGUUCCGGAAACGGAGCAUGAGGAGACCCCGUAUGAUGGGGGUGACACAUACACCGAUGAUGACGACGAAGAGAGUGAUGCCAAGUUCGCUCAAAUGGGCGAGUUGCUUGAGUGGUAUCAAAAAGAAAAGCUGAGGAGAGACCUUAGGCGCCAAGCAAGGCGUGGCUCUCGUGGUGGUUCGGGUCAAGGGAGUCGGGGAGCUUCCGUGGCCACCCCAGCGGCGCCACAAGGUGGGCAUGAAGGAGGUUUUGUGGUAAGAAUCUCCAAAUACCUCAAGGAGGCUAGGGCCUUGGGGUGUAGGUCCUUUGACGGCACCGGCGACAUUACCGUUGCCGCCGAUUGGAUCAAGAAGGUGAAGGAUGCAUCGAGAGACAUGCAGAUUACUCCGGACGUGAAGCUAACUGUCGCUUCACGGCUACUUGAGGGGAUGGCUUCUACAUGGUGGGAAGGUGUAGAAGGGAAAUACCGUGGGGACAUCUCAUGGGAAAAUUUUGAGCAAGAAUUUUAUGCUCAGUACUACUCCGAUUUCGAGGUUAAUGUGAAAAGGAGGGAGUAUACCAACCUCAAACAGAAAGAGGGUUGCACAGUUAAGCAACUGGAGCAAGAGUUCAGGACCUUGGCUAGGUUCUUACCGGAGUAUGCGAUCAAUGAGGACCGCAUGACUGAGCACUUCUGGGAUGCCUUACUCUUGGACAUCCGAGACCGUGCCACGUAUUCCCGCCUCAUGACCUUUAGUGAGGUGGUAGAACAGGGCAUGCUUGGAGAGGCCCAGUGGAAUGAGAGGAAGGCAAGGGACGCCGAAGAGGCGAAGAAGAGGAAGUGGAAUAAUUCGGGGCCACCCGAUCAUUCUCGAAGGAACAACCACGGGGGUGGUGGUGGUGGCGGUGGUUCAUUCAAGGCGCCGGCUCCACCGGCGAAGAAGAAUAGGGAUGCGAGGUGGCACGGACCUAGGCCACAGAACUCGGGGCCACCUAGAUGUCCCAAUUGCUCAAAACAACACUUUGGGAAGUGCAAUGAACCACCGAGGUGUUUUAAGUGCGGGAAUGCGGGCCAUAUGAAGGCCAAUUGCCCUCAUUUGAUGCAAGAGAGUGCCUCGGGAGCUGGGGGAGGGACCAUGACGGGAAGAAACCGUGCGGGCCCGUCAAACGGCGGUACGGGAAGAGGCAACGCAUCCACAAGUCAUGCCGCGUCCGUAAACCAAGGCGGGACCCAAGCACGAGUCUACGCGAUGACCGAGGCGGAUGCGAGAGCAAACCCGGACUCCGUUGCAGGUAAUACGCGUAUUCCCAUGUAUUUCUAGGUUUACUUUGAUCAUAUACGUCGUUGGGAUUGAGUGCGGGCCACCCCGGGGUCGAACCGGGUGAGUUAGGCCGAAUCGGGCUGGAAACAGCCACUGCUGGCCAGGCACGCCCGCAGGCACGCCGUGCCUGGAAUCGUGCCUGGAAGGCAGUGGCACCCGAAGGAAGAAAAAAAAAAAAAAAAAAAAAAAAUUUGGCCAGGCACGGCCGCAGGCACGCCGUGCCUGGCGUCGUGCCUGGAAGUCAGUGGCGUCCGAAAAAUUUUUGGCCAGGCACGGCCGCAGGCACGCCGUGCCUGGCGUCGUGCCUGGAAGUCAGUGGCGUCCGAAGAAUUUUUGGCCAGGCACGGCCGCAGGCACGCCGUGCCUGGCGUCGUGCCUGGAAGUCAGUGGCGUCCGAAGAAAUUUUGGCCAGGCACGGCCGCAGGCACGCCGUGCCUGGCAUCGUGCCUGGCCGGCAGUGGCCAGCAGGGUGAGUUUGUUGCACGCACGGCCGUGCCUGCCACCCAGGCACGCCGUGCGUGGACCCCCAACACCCGAAAGUUGAUUUUUUGCCCCGUUCUUCUACGUUUGGACCCCCGUUUGGUUCCAAACAUUUGUAUAAACCUAAUAACAUCCUAAUGACGUGUAAAAACAUUAGAAAAUGUAUCUUACAUGGUGUAUAAAUGUAGGAACAUUAAAGAUCAAUGGUAGAUGUGCGAGGAUCCUCAUCGAUACCGGGGCACAACGCUCAUUUGUGAGUGAGGCGUUCGCUGAGGGCUUUGACGUGCCAUUGACACCUAUGACUCAAACGUUGCUAGUCUCCACACCGUUAGGAGACGACGUGGAGAGAAAUCAUUACUAUCCGUCGUGUGAGGUAGAAGUGACGGGUCAACCUUUGACUUGUGAUUUCGUACCUCUAAGCAUGUUGGAGUUCGAUGCAAUCCUAGGGAUGGAUUGGCUCGAGAAACACCAUGCCCGGGUAGAUUGCUACACCAAGGUGUUGGAGCUCGAGGAUGAUCAAGGGAACACGCUAUGUUUCGAGGGAGAUCGGGGGAAAUCUAAUGCUUGUAUCAUAUCCGUGAUGAGAGCACGAAAGAUGAUGAGGAAGGGAUGUCACGCAUACCUUGCUUAUGUGGUAGAUGAUACGAAGAAAGAAGUCGACAUCAAGGAUGUACGGGUCGUGUGCAAGUACCCGGAUGUCUUUCCCAAAGACCUACCGGGGCUUCCACCCGAUAGAGAGAUUGAAUUUGUAAUUGAAGUGGAGCCGGGAACCAAACCCAUUUCGAUUCCUCCUUAUCGAAUGGCACCGGCCGAACUUCAAGAGUUGAAGGUCCAACUACAAGAAUUAUUGGACAACGGAUUCAUCAGACCCAGUCAUUC